CCCAGCUACAUUGGCAAAGACUCUUAACAGAGCAGAAGCAAGCAGAGCUCAACCUCUACCCCUCUCUCUCCCUCUGCUUUUAGCUGUUCAUCAAUCUUCGAGCCGAAUCAUUUGCCUGAAGAGGGAGAUUUUGACAAAGAUGGGAUUUGGCAGCGGCUGGAGCGUGGCGGCGAAGCCUUGCGACUCGUGCAAGUCCGCUGCGGCGGCCGUUUUCUGCCGGGUCGAUGCGGCGGCCCUCUGUUUCGGCUGCGACACCCGGCUCCACGCCAGGUCGGCACCCUCCACGCACCACCACGAGCGCGUCUGGAUGUGCGAGGUCUGCGAGCAGGCCCCCGCCGCCGUCACCUGCAAGGCCGAUGCCGCCGCCCUCUGCGUCUCUUGCGACACCGACAUCCACUCCGCUAACCCCCUCGCCCAGCGCCACGAGCGCGUCCCCGUCCAGCCCUUCUUCGACUCUGCUGAAUCCUUCAUGAAGUCCUCCGCCUUGAGCUUCCUCAUCCUCCCCGGGGAUGAGGCCGCUGCAGCGACAGCAGCCGCCGGAGGAGCGGAAACUGGCGGUGCCGGCGCUCAUGAUCACGACGGCGAGGCAGAGAUGGACAAGUGGUUGCUUCCUAAUCUGAACUCAUGCUCGAAGGUCAUGCCGGGGGCUGACAUGGGGGGUUUCUUCAGCGAGAUGGAUCCAUUUAUCGAUUUCGGGUUCGGGGAUCCGGUGGACCGGUUUCAGGGGAUUGGCUCGGAUGGGUUAGUCCCGGUUCAGGCUAAGCCGAUCCCGAUUCCGGCAGGGAAGCAGUCAUCGGAGAGCCGGCUCGACAUCGACUUCAGCAGACCGAACAAUCGGAUCGCUUCUUCCUUCAGUUACCUCACGAACUCGCUCAGCCACAGCGUCUCAUCAUCAUCUCUAGAAGUUGGAGUGGUUCCAGAUGGGAACUCCAACAUGUCGGACAUCUCAUACCCUCUGGUCCAGACCUCGGGUGACUCUAGCCUUGCCAACUCAGCAUCACCGACCCAGUCGAGCCCGGCCACUCAGCUGACCGGGAUGGACCGGGAGGCCCGGGUCCUCAGGUUCCGAGAGAAGAGAAAGAACCGAAAGUUCGAGAAAACCAUCCGAUACGCCUCCCGCAAGGCUUACGCCGAAACCCGGCCAAGAAUCAAGGGCCGGUUCGCCAAGCGGACCGAGGUGGAGCCCGAUGAUAGCCUCUACGGAGCCGCCCAUCAGUACGGGGUCGUCCCGACUUUUUGAUUAAAUCUUGCUAAGUCUAUUAAUUUUGUUUUCUGUUUUGGAGGUCAAUGUGGCUAUAGUUUUUGUUAUUGCCAUGUUUAAUUGUUGGGUAAUAAUUGCAACUUUGUGGCUUCUCAUUUUGUGAUUUUUGUGCAUAUAAUGUUGAUAAGAGUCCAAUACGUGAUGAUGUUUUUUGAUGGGCUACACGUGAGACUCGACCUGUUUUAUCUUCAAAAGAUUUCUUUCAGCUCAUAAUAGAGAAAUCAAAAGCCCAUUUCUUUGGUCUUA